AUGCUAGAAGGCAUUCUGCAUGCUUUUGGUCUUAGCCCUGUUUCCACGGAAAUCGGAGCUCCUUUUGUGGCUGCCCUCCUUCGCUCUUUUGCCAGUCAGGAGACACCCUCGGUGGCCGUUCUGCAAGCUCUGAAUGAGGAGCUAACACAAGGCCUAUCCUCUGACCCCGCUGUUUCCGCCAGUCCACAGCCCUCGGGACACCAAACCUCCGAGACGGUAGCUGCCUCGGCGCUUAUUGAGCCACCAGCCUCCAGCCCUGCUGACUCAGCCAUACCCCGCCGCUCUGAUCAACCCACACCCGAGCCAUCUCCCGCAGGGCAAGUGCCUCCGCUCCCUCCUACUAUGAAGCUGCGCCUUACGCGUAAGGGCAAGAGAACGGCUCCAGUCACCGCAACUUCUCAUCCACCUCCUCGCCGUCAACGCGUAGUGAGCAUCUCUUCCCCCACCAGGUCCUCGGACACGAGCUCGACCCAGGAGGCAAGCUUGGCCCGGGAGAAGGCCUCUGAUCUGGAGGUGGUAGAUCCGCCAUUGGACCUGACCGCUCCGAUGCCCAUCCAGAGUGUAUUGCCUGCCCUGCCUUCGUCCUCUGGCGAUCAGCCCCCGGACUCGCUGGCUCCCUCCGCCUCUCCUCUUCUUGGGCCUCUGAGCUCGGCCCUGCCGUCUCUGAACCUGGCUUCUGCAGACCUGACCUUUGAAGCUUCCUGGAGUCUGCCUUCAGAGACCGACCCGGCCUACGUGUCCGCUGCCGAUCUAUCGCCUAUCUUUGGUAGGGUCGACUUCUGUGGGGACUUGGCCAUCUCCUGGCAAUCAGCCAAUCGGCAGUUCUGGGAGUGCAAUUCCCCUUUGGAGGAGUUUGAUCAAAUUGCUCGCUCCUUGGUAGCGGAACUAGAGCACCCUGCGGCUCCUUCAGCUCCUCCUGAGCCUUCUCUUGGAAGCUUGGAUGCUUAUCUGCGUGCCGCUGGGGAGUCGGCGGCCUCUGCUCGGGCCAUUUCCCAUGCUGCCUUUGCUAAACUUCAACAGUUGGAGGCGGCUUUGAAGACGAGUGAGUCUUCCUUGGCUUCUGAAGCGGAUCGUCAUCAGGCGAUAGUUUCUGAGCUGAAAGCCAGAGAGGCAGAGCUGCUUUCCCAAUCAGAGGAGUUGACGCUGCUACGGCAAGGUCAGGAGCUCUUGCAAAUGGGGUUGGCCGAUGCCCAGGCCCUGGCUAGUGCUGCCGCUAGCCGGGAAGCAGCCAUGCAGACUCAGUGGGAAGCUUGCCAAGCCACUCUCCAAUCCUUGCGAGCGGAGUUAUCAAAGGCUCAGGAAGCGGUGUCUCAAGGCCAGAGCGAUUUGUCCGUGGCCCGCGCCGAGGCUGCGGAGAACUGGAACAGUUUGGAGGUGUACCGGGCUGACGAAUCAGAGCGGCUAAAGGCGUACAGACUAGCCUACGUCCGCUCUUCCUUCUUCCUCCAUAAGCUGGGACGCUGGUUGGUCUUGUUGCUCUGUCAUGGGGCCGCUGGUGGGGUCAGACAGGCCUUUGAGCAAGGUUUCCUACGCUCGGCACCUCCUGCUACCUUCUUGGACACAGCUCGCCUAACCAGGGAAUUGCCGCAGGAAACCUUCCUUUCCUUCGAAGCGGAUGAGGGACUUUUCCUCUUGGAGGCUCCUCCCCCUGCGGCCGAUCCAGCUCCCGAGGAUAUUUCUGCCCAGGCCCCUCCUGUUGCUACACCUGAUGCGUCCGCUGAUCCUGCGUCUCCCCCCAUAGUGCUGGCCGACCCCGUACUCCUUUCGCUGGCCUCCGUUGAUUCUGCGCCUUCUUCCCCGGAUGUCGUAUGA